AUGUUUCGGGUUGGCAUCCUGUCACUUCUGGCAGCUCAGAAUGCUGGACUGACCCUGAUCAUCAAGUAUGCGCAGCAUCAUGGAAGCCAUCCUGACACGCUGGUCUUGAUGGUGGUGGUGGAGCUGGGGAAGCUUGUUGUGUCAAUGGUCCUGUUCUUCAUGUUCGAGGCCGAUGCCACCUGGAUCCAGUUCUUCUCGCCCUCCGCGUUCAGGCGGAGCCUCAUGCUAGCGCCGCCGGCGCUGAUGUUCGCCUUUCAGAACCAGCUCCUCUUCGUGGCCGUGCAGAACCUGGACCCACCCGUGUUCCAGGCUCUGACACAGCUGAAGAUCCUCUUCGCCGGGGUCUUCAGUCGCCUGCUGCUGCAGAGGCGGCUGUCCGUGGUGCAGUGGGUGGCGCUGCUUCUCCUGGCGAGCGGCGCCGCGCUCGUGCAGGUGGAGGCGUCGAUGUGCAAGGCCUCGGGCAUCGGCAACGACGACGCCGACCCGUUCUGGGGGCUCGUGGCGGUGACCACCAUUCGAAGAAGAGAAGGCGGCGUAAACGUACAUGUUCGGCGAUCCACGCGGACCUCUUCCCUCGGCGCUGGAUCCCCCUGGCGGCGCCUCCAGCGCCGCCCUCGGUGGCGCUCCGCGUGCCAGGGAAUGGGGUCCAGCGCCGACUCGAGAAAUCCGUGUGGAGCUCGGGACAUUCAUGCUCGUGCCGUUGUUUUUGUUCCUCUAACCAUGUCCGUAAUGUCUGGCCUUGCGGGCUGCUACACGGAGAAGAUGCUAAAGACGGAGAAGCUCCCCAUGUGGUUGCAGAGCGCGGAGGUGGCCGGCUUCAGCAUCGUGGUGCUCAUGUUCAUGUGCACGUGGUCGCGCAUCAGCACGACUAGUCUAGACACGAAUGUCUUCGGCAGCCAGCAGACCGACAGCAUCAUGGACAGCCUCAUGAGGGGGUUCGUGCCGCUGACGUGGGUCGUCGUCGCCGUGAUGUCAUUAGGGGGCCUCAUAGUGGUUGCUGCGCUGCGGUAUGCUGACAAUGUGAUGAAAGGCAUGUCCGUCGUGGCCUCGCUCGUCCUGAGUGGCGUGUGGUCGGCGCUGGCAUUCGGCACGUCCCUGAGUGCAGUCUUUGUCAUCGCCACCAUCGUCAUCUGUGCUGCCAUGUUCUUGUACCAGGCAGUGCCUUUCAUGGCCACGUCGGACGCAUCUCGGGCAGUGGUCUCGUCCAGCAAGGUGGCCAAGAGCGACGAGGAGGCUCCACGUGAGCCCUUGGAGGCUGAGGAGAUGACUUCGAAGGGCAGCGAGUGA